AUGGCCACUUCCAGUACCCUUCUCCACUUUCCCUUUCUUCCACGCAAGGCAUUGCCUCACCCACGCUCAACUUGCUCUCUUAAACGAACUGGUAAGGAAUCUAACCUUGACAUGAACGGCCUAAAGUUCCGUACGGGUAGAGGAUUCAGUGAAUCGAGUGACGAUGAUCCGAGAGAUGAGAGUAGGGAACAUGGAAAUCGUGGCAAUAUGUAUUCUAGGCGUGCUAGAGAUGGGAGGCGAGAAAGUGAGAUAAUUCAUGAUGAUGAUAGUUCUAAGGAUAAGCCGAGAGAAGAAAGUUCUAGAUCUGGUGAAGAUGGUAAGCAUGCCAAUGGAGAUGGAAGGAGGAAAAGUGAGAGAAUUCAUGGUGGUGGUAAGGAUAGGAAGAGAGAAGAACGUUCUAGAUCAUCUGAUGAAGAAGAUGACAAGCGUUCCUACAUGGAUAAAAGGCAUGAAAGAGAAAGAAUUCAUGAUGGUGAUGAUAAUGGGCGGGAAAGAGAAAGAAUUCGCAAUGGUGAUGAUGAUUCCAAGACCAGGCAGAGAGCUACACCCGAGGAAAAUUCUGAAUCUUCUGAUAAAUUGGAAGACAGGCGAGCCAUGGGCUAA